GUGAAGUGGGUGUGUCACUUGACAUAAAAACCACGAGUGAGUUCAUUUUGACGUAAACUAGUGAGGGAAUCUCAUCACACAUCUGUCCUCAUAACUCUUAUUGAUCGUUGCGUCACUGAAGGAAAUGUCUUUCCGUGGGACUCUCGCGCUCCUGCUGUUCCUCGCGUGUCUUUCACAGCUCAUCUUCACUGCUGACAGCUUUAGGAGGAGGAAAGGAAGGAGGCAGGAGAGCCGAGGUGAUAAUAACAUUUCCGUACAAAAAGGAAAGUUCAAAACCAAGGGCAAUGCGCAGUGCUCGUGGGUGGCACGCGGAGAGGACGAGUACACCAUGACUGUUACAUGUAAGCCUAAAAGCGGGGAUGGAUUCACCUGUAAAUAUACUGCAAAGCCAGCGACGUGCACCGAAUAUGGGUCUAAUCCCGAGGGCUAUUGGAAACAGAUCGCCAGAUCAGUUAAAAAGCAGAAGAAACUUUGCGCGGAUCCGCGCGCAAUGAUCCGCGCGGGCAUGUGUAAGCGCGCGCCGCUGGAUUCGCACUUCAAACUCACCGAAACGCCUCAAGCGAAACCCCCCAAGACAGAAAAGACGCCGAUAGCCACGAACACAACGCCUCCGGACACCAAGCGUCAGUGCACGGAGCGCGUUGACCACAGCGAGGUAGCUAAAGAGAAGUGCGGAGAUUCCUGGGCGAGUCUCUGCACGUUUCUCUUCACUAUAAUCCAGAGCGAUGACUGCUGAGCGCGCGCGCUUUUAUUCGACGUGUAUGUAUGUGUUUGUGGGCACUGUUAUAGGCUACUACUGAUAGUUUUUUAAAGGUGUAAAAUAUCGCGUUUUUUAUUGUAAACACAAAAAUGCACUGUACUGAUUCUGACAAUUGGGAAGGUGGGUCAAGAUGCGCUUGUUCCCACCACUUGUUGUUGCCUUGACCAUAGUGGCACUAAAUUUAUUCUUGACACAUUUACAGUUUUUAAUGAUGACAUUUAAUCAGAUAAUAGUGAUAUGUCUAUUUAUAUUAUGUUGAAUAUUACGUUUUUAUUUAUAUUUAUUAAAGGGGCAUUUUGAGGGAUGUAGGAAAAGUAAAUAAUUGAGAUGUUUGGAGUUAUUUUUAUUUCGAAGUGAAAAGUUUAAAUAGACCCCUAGGGUUCGACGACCCCAGUGGCUUUUUGUUGCUACUUUUAUGAUUAUUAGGCUAUAAAUAAGUUGUUUUAUAUCUUUCAAUGAAUUUGAUUUUAAAAAGGGGAAGAUAGGCCCUUUAAUUUUGUACAUUAUGUACAUUUGUUUCUCAUAAUAAAAAAAAAUGGACGAUG